AGUUUCUUUGGAGUCGCAAAAAUCCUCGGAGUCGGGAGAAUUCUUGUUCUUCUUCUCUCCCCCGCCUCCCUGAAAAUACCACUUUCAUUAACUUUUUUAAAACAUAGAAAAAUUCUCUCUUAAGAUGGAGGACGACCUGUGUAUCGGAAUCGAUUUCGGUGCAUCGAAUCUUCGUGCGGCGGUCUACAUCCAGAAGGCAGGGGAGUGCUUCCCCAUUCCGAAUGACUUUUUGAGGACAUGGACUCCGUCCGUGGUCGCGUGUGGAGAAGACGACUGUCUCGUCGGGGAGUACGCGAAGAGCCACAACCGGGACCAACAAGCCGGGGGCAUGGAGGUGUUCUUCGAGGUCAAGCGGGCGAUUGGAGGGACGUCGGCGGAUGCGUUUGGUGAAAAGGACGGUAAGCCCAAGGGGCUCCCGUUCAAGAAAACGAUGUCGGGGUUCCGGGCAAACAUCCCGAAAAUGAUGAAAAGCGUUUCAGUUGAAGAUCUGUUGUCACUGCUGCUGGCAAGGAUCAAAAGGGACGCAGAGAGUUUUCUCUCUCGUCCUGUGAAACGCGAUGUGAAACGCGCAGUCAUCGCGGUUCCGGGACACUUCACAGCGCCGCAGGCAAAUGCUAUCUCCUCGGCUGCGAAGCGUGCUGGACUGGACAUUCGUCUUGUGCAUGAACUUCAGGCGGCAGCUAGAGCUUUCUGCUUCGACAACAGAGGACGAUCGACAGCCGCACACACGGGAAUUGUGAUGCUGUUUGACCUCGGGGACUCACACCUGGAUAUUGCCCGGGCCGACAUCCAAGCGUCGAGAGUGGUAGCGUUCUCUCACGUCAUAAGGGACAAGGCGACGGGAGGGAGAGUAUUUGACGAAAUCAUCAGGUCGCGUAUGUAUGAUUCGCGGCCGCGUGGUAGUGCGGAGGUUAGUAGUGCUCCCAGUCGAUGGCGAGUGAAGAGAGACUGUGUGGAAGUCAAGGAGAAGGUGUGUUCGGACAAGCUGUCUUCCAAAGAUGAAGCCUAUCUUCCGGCGAGGGUAACACCCCUCGAUCAUGGGGGGCAAGAGGUGCCCACCCCUAGGUCGUCGGACUUCUACAGUUUGAUCGAUAGCGCGGUUAAGGGGUGGAAGAAGGGCUUGGAUACGCCACUCUCUAAAAUCAGGAGUCCUCAAGGACCUGCGAUUAUGAUUCUUCUCGCUCUUGGUCGCUCUUGUAAGAUUCCAUCGGUUCGAACCAUGCUGGACAAAUUUGGUAGCAAGUUUAAUUGCCCUGUAAAGUAUUUGGGUGAUGACACCAUCGCUCGCGGUGCAGCGAUGAUGUGGGAUGAAGCCUUAGUUCCCGCUGGGGCCAUGGCCAUGGCGGAGGAGAGGUCUCUUGGCUCGACUUCUGGCAGGGAUCAGAGCGUGCCGCUAUUGGGUCGGCAGCCCGAGACGAGUCAUGACCCAUCGGGAGACCUCUGCGGAUGCUGGACCCAGUUGAACGGGGGUGCGAGUUCUGGACACCCGCCCUACCCCCCAGGAGGCAUUUCAUACUCGAUGACUGCCAGCAGCGUGCCAGAGGGGCACGCUUACGGGCCAGGGGGGAGCUAUGUCACGGGGUACGGCGGUGGGACGCAGUACAGGGCCCCUGUCAACGCGAAUAGGCAGCAAUGGUCCCAAGGAGGGGGGGGAGCAAGCUCUCAAGGGCAGCAGUUCUCGGGCUCGACCGGGGGAAUAGGACCUGCAGAGAUUAGCAAUUCGGGAUACAAUGCAUAUCCGGCGGCGGCUACCGCAGCCAAUGGACAGCAGCUGAGUUGCCAGAGUACACACUAUGAAGCCCUCCUCCUCUUGAGUAAUUGGAGUACGAUGAGAUUUUACUUGGAAGCCAUGAAAACCGUUUUCGGCGAAGAUGUCAUCUACUCUCUCCAUGAUGGCACACCGGCGGGCCAGAGGAUUUUCCAGAUGGAAAAAAAGACUACGACUAAGUUCAGCGUAGACGAUUAUGAGCAGGCGAAGGAAGAUUUCAAGAGGCUACUGUGGGAAGGCGAUUUAGGGAAGUCUCGUCGACCGUUUCUGCUGGUGGAAUGCUGGGAUAGCGAAAGUGGGUUCGAGAGUUUGAGCAACCUUGAGAAGGGCAUGACCUGUUUUAGAGGCGCAUUUGACGCGGGGCUCUGCGAGUUCGUGGUAGCGCCACAUUUGUUGUAUCUGUCAGAGGCAAUUGACGUAAUGAAGGCUGCGGAGCGCUCAUCACAAACCGUGUCCAAGUUUCGUCUUUGCGCCCAGAAUUUCAAGGUCCCUGCAGGCGAAAGCUCAGGGAGUGAAAAUGCUGCAACUCGUACAGUAAGUGGGAAGAAGGACAGAGCCUCUUGUUCGGCGGUAGUGCAGAAUCAGGCUUCGGCGGCGAAGGAGGAGGCGGUAGAAGAGAAGGACGGUGACGAGCAGCAUCUGCAUACCAACUGGUUAACUGGCAAUGGGUUCGAGUAUGUAAUUGCGGGGAAAAGACAUAGACGAGUUUUCGAGAGCGCGGAGGAAGUCGGAGGGAUGGUGCGCGACGCGCUGCUGAAGGAUCUGAAGGUGAUAGCCUGUAUCGUUGAUACAAAUGGCUUACAGGAUUGUAGGGAGCAGUUGCAAGGGAUUAGAGAUAAGGUGGACAGUGAAGAAAGCUGGCAGAAUAUAGUUAUAGCUUACGAGCCAGUCUGGCCACAGGAAUGGCUGAGUCGGCAGCAGCAGUUCUCGCCGCUCUCUCGUAUGCAGCUGAUGGUCUCUUUCAUCCGACACUGGCUGGCCACGGAAGUGUCGUUACUGACUGCCCAUAGCACUCGGAUUGUCUACGCCGGUCCUCUUGUCAAGGAUAUAGAUGUCCAAAGUCUCGAAACCGUCCAAUUUCUUGAUGGCCUGCUGUUACAAGGAGCUUCCGUGGCGCACUUGUCCCAAACGACCAAUCUUGUUGAUUGGAUUAAGAGGCGUGUGUCAAGUACCUCAGCGGGACCUCGACUUCCGAUGCAACGGAGGAGCGGCCAGAGUACCGGGCAUGAGUAUCCAAUACCGCGUUCUGGCGUGGACGCUCCGAGGAGCCCGAGGUGCCCGACAAGCGAGAACAUGUUACCAGCGCAGCGCAACCGCAGCACAGGCGUUGAGGCGCACAGAUCCUAUCAGGGCCCGAUUGAAGUGCAGCGAUCGACUCCGAUACCAAUAGGUCCAGCGGUCGACGACACGAUAAGGGGUGAGGUUCCUCCCGCGGGAUCCUAUCUGACCUGGCAGUCAGGACGUGACUCGAAUGGCGGACCUGGCAACGACAAAUUCGCGAUGAAGCCGCCCGCCAACGUUCGCAAAUCUCACGGCACAUGCGAAGAUGCUCCGCGUCCUUGGCGAGGUUGAACACGAAGGACCUCGCCGUCCUAGUCUCGCUAGGAUCGUACGAGGAGAGGUGGAUGAUAGGCUCCGAUCCUAUAGGCGAGCAUUU